AGGGAAACUUGGGCUGAGGCCGAGGAAAAAAAAAAGGCAGCGGGAACCCACAAAAUGCUGCAGUCAGCAGCAAUUUGAGAUGACCAAGGUUCUUCCUCUUCAUCACGGUGUGAGUCGGCAUGAAUUUGGUCUGUGGGGGCUCUGCCCUUGACCGUGCUCAUAUCACACAGCAGGAUGUCAGCUCCAGAGCUCAGGGUAAACGUAUCUCUGGCUCUGCUUUUUUGGCUUAUCCAUCACUUACUUACUUACCUCCAAUUUUCCUUUCUUUAGGAAUUCCAAGCCUCAAUUUUUUUGUACCUUCUCUGAGCAAAUGAGAGCUUAAUGAUGUUGUUACCAUUAGUGCAGGCAUCCGAUCCUGGCCCCUACACAGGACACCUGAAGCAGCCCUAGCUCUUGUAGCAGUCCUGCAGCAAGCACCCUUAGGCUGAGAGUUCUGCAGAGGGCACUAGGGGGGAGCAGCACAGGACAGAAAAAGGCAAGGCCACAGCCAAGGCGCCUGGGAAGCCCUGGCCCUGAGCCAUGCUCAGAGCAGCAAUCUCACUUCCCCAGUUGCAAGAACAGUUUUUCCCGACUCCUUGCUGCUGCAGGACAAACUGUUUCUUCGAAUGACUUUCGCUUCCCUCCAGGGCGGCUGUAAGCAGGGCAGAGGCAGAGCCGCAGGCAUGGGGCAGGAGGGCAUGCAGGGACCCAAGUUUGCUUGCAAGGUGAUUUGGAGCCACCUGCCCAACUCCCUUUCCGCUGAACCUUGGGCGCUGCGUGUGCUGUGCUGCUACAGGCUGGCAGCGAUCUCGACAUUACGACCAGCUGCACCCCUAGACUGCACCUGCUGUGCCCUAAUUAGGCUCCUGAUCCUGUGGGUGAGCCAGCUAUGGUGCAUCUGACGGGGAGCCAGGAGACAUCGCUGCUCUCCCCUCCACCCCGGCUUAUGCCGAAGCGCUGGUGCUAUGCGGAAAGCGAGACCUGGGAGCCCACCAGCCCUCUCCUCCCACUUGCCUCCUCCCCGCCCCAAGGUCUCCUUUCUGUCUGCGUGUGGCCACAUUAGUUAAUUUGCUUGGUCCAGCUCAGUUGGCCAGGAGAGCAGGCAAGCAGUCUCAAUUCCCCAUUUGCAGGGACAGUUUCUCUCGCCUCACCACCACCUCAGGGCAAACUGUGUCUUUGAACAGCUUUCGCUUCCUCCCCCGUAACUCUGACACGGGUGGGAGACGGCUACCAUGGGGAACGGGGCUGGGGCAGUGAGGUCGUUCAUGGUGCAGGAGCCAUGAUCUCUGACACGAGGAGCAUUUUGCUCUGCUUGUCCUGCCUCUGCAGGGCAGGAGGAACUGUCCCAAGCACGGUCCCUCAGGUCAUCUGAUCACCCCCCACUUCCCGGCCCAGCAGGUAUAAAUUGCUGUCCCACUGAGAGAGCCUGUCACUGCUGCCAUGGGCUGGAGAUGGAGCUGCUACCUUGUGGCCCUGCUGCUCCUCUUGUCCCUGGGGCCAGGCAUCGCUUUCUCACUCCUGCAGUACCGCUACGACUGUGGGGACUAUAGCAUGCAGCUCCUGGUGUAUCCUACCCGGGGCCGGACCGUCCGCUUCAAAGUCUUGGACGAGUUCGGCACCCUCUUCGAAGUGGCCAACUGCUCCAUCUGCCUCCACUGGCUCAACACUGGAGCAGAUGGAGGGGUGAUCUUCUCCUCCGGCUAUGAGGGCUGCCACGUCCUGGUAAAGGAAGACCGCUAUGUCCUGAGGGUCCGGAUGGAGGAAGUGCUGAUCAGCGGGGUCAUUGCUGCCUCCUAUGAAGUCAACAUGACCUGCCCGCAGCCGGCUGACUACGAUGUCCUCAUGGACGGGAACAUGCGCACUGAGCACCGAGGGAACGGCAUUCGCCAGACCCAGGCUGGCGUUCUUGUCCCCUUACCCCAGCCCCAGCCUGGCCUCCUGCACCAUGUGUCUCAGUCCGCUUUAGCUCUUCCUGGGCACCAGCUCCCACUCCAAACCCAUUCGGACCAGGUCCACUCCGUGGCUCAGCCCCAGCCGGGCCUGGUACAUCCUGGACUUCAGCGCCAACCCCAACCCAGCCUGGUUCGCCCAGGAGUUCAGACCCAGUCAGGGAUAGUACGCCCAGGAGUUCAACCCCAAGCCCAGCCUGGCCUAGUGCACCCCGGCAUUCAGACUCAGCAUGGACAGGCUCGUCCUGGGCUUCAGCCCCAGUCCCAGCCAGGCCUGGUUCGCCCCCUUGCUCAGCCCCAGCCAGGCUUAAUACGCCCUGGCAUCCAGCCUCCAGCCCAGCCUGGCCUGCUGCAUCCUGGGGCUCAGACCCAAGCGGGCCUUGUUCGCCCUGGGGUUCAGACCCAACCUGGCCUCGUUCGCCCAGGAUUUCAGCCCCAAUCCCAACCUGGCCUCGUUCACCCUGGACUACAGCCCCAGUCCCAGCCUGGCCUUGUUCACCCUGCACUACAGCCCCAGACCCAACCUGGCCUAAUACACCCUGGUGCUCAGACUCUGACAGGCUUAGUUCGCCCUGGCAUUCAGCCCCAAACCCAAUCAGGCUUAGUUCGCCCUGGCCUUCAGACCCACUCUCAAGCUGGUUUAAUACACUCUGGUGUCCAGACCCAAACUGGUCUAGCUCAUCCUGGCUUUCAGCCCCAGUCCCAGCCAGGUCUGGUGCACUCAGGUGUCCAGGCCCAAGCUGGACUAGUACGUCCUGGCCAACCCCGACCGAGUCUAGUGCGCCCUGGGCUUCACCCCCAAUCCCGACCAGGUCUAGCACGUCCUGCACUUCAGCCUCAAACCCAGCCAGGUCUAGUGCGCCCAGGAUUUCAGCCCCAAGCCCAGCCUGGUUUGCUGCGUCCUGGGCUUCACCCCCAGCCCGGCCUUCUGCGCCCCACGGCUCUCUUCUACCCCUCUGCAGGGGCAGGUGCCCAGCUAACACGGGAGCAGUGCCACGUGGCUGCGGGGAAGAUCCCCUGUGUGGCCCCACAGGGCCGCGAGGCCUGUCUGCAGGCAGGAUGCUGCUACGAUGACAUGGACCGCAUCGCUCCCUGUUAUUACGGCAACACAGCCACUGUCCAGUGCCUGCUGGAUGGGCACUUCAUCAUCGUGGUGCCCCGGGGCCUCUCCACCCAGCCCUACAACCUGGACAGCGUGCGGCUGGCCAAUGCCGAGGCCAACUGUGACCCCAUCAAGGUGACAGAGGCAUUCGUGAUGUUCCGCUUCCCCGUCACUCAGUGCGGUACCACCGUCCAGGUGAUCGAGGACCGGCUGAUUUACGAGAACCAACUGAUCUCUACCAUCGAUGUGCAGUCAGGACCACAUGGCUCCAUCACACGGGACAGCGUUUACAUCCUCCAUGCUCGCUGCAUCUACAAUGCCAGCGACCUCCUGCUAGUUCGCGUUGAGGUUGCCGUGCCCCCCACAGCUGCACCCCUGACUGAGCCAGGGCCUCUCCGGCUCCAGCUACGCAUUGCUACUGAUGAGAGCUACAGCACCUACCAUGAGGACAGUGACUACCCCCUUGUGAAGGUACUGAGGGACCCCAUCUACGUGGAGGUUCGCCUCCUGCAGAAGACAGAUCCCAACCUCGUCCUGGUCCUACACCAGUGCUGGGCAGCCCCCAGCACCAGCGCCACGGCAGAGCCCCAGUGGCCCAUCCUGGUGGACGGGUGUCCAUUCGUGGGGGACAACUACAGGACCCAGCUUGUGCCCGUGGGACCAGCCUCACCGCAGCUGCCCUUUCCGAGCCACUACCAACGCUUUGUCGUCUCUACAUUCACCUUUGUGGAUUCUCCCUCCAUGGUUGUGCUUGAAGGAGAGGUGUACAUCUUCUGCAGUGCCUCUGUGUGUCACCUCUCGCAGCCAGAGCCCUGCCGGCCCUCCUGCCAGCUGGGAGUGCCAUCAAGAGCCCGCCGGUCUCUGGGUGACAAGAUGACACCAGAUCCUGUUGACACAGUCAUUUCUCAAGGACGCAUAGUCUUCCAAGAGAACCCCAAGGUGCAGAAAGGCUGAGUUCAAGGGUGUAGGCCCUUGCUUCCAGGAUGGACCUGAUCGGACAUCUGGCUCUACUCUCCUUCAUGGCAAACGUGCAGGACAGGAAGGAGGGAAAAAAAAAAAACAGUAAAUAUUGUGGCUCAGGCUA